UCAUAAAUCGUUUGCCUGUCGUUUGGGAUUUAUCAUAAUUUGUAAAAUGUAUAUCGAUUAGCUGGAUAAAUGCCAUUUAAUGUUUCUUAGAAAUAGUUUGUAUAAAUAUUUCCGCAAUUUGUGUAAUAAUUUAUUUGUACCAAUUUUGAUUCACACGUAAUAAAUAUUUCUAUACAAUGAAGUCUUCGAAGUCCACGAAAUCAAUACAGAGUAGUACGAAAUCGGUUGUAACAACAAAUCAUCUUGAACCUGAUCGCACCUCAUCAUCCCUGCCCAAGAAGAUCUAUCGCUGUGAGUCACCGAUGGGAGUUCGGCAGAAUCCUUGGACACCAACAAAACGACGUGGACCAAUUGCUGCUGAAGCUGCUAGUCCAGGGCCAGCUGUUGUUUCCUUGCCGACUCUAAUUGGUAAACCGCCCCAGGAAUCCCGUAGACCGCGAGCUCCUGCUUUUACUUUUGGCCAGAAACUUGAACCACCAGGUGUCACAACGAAAGCCGGUCCAGGACCUGCUACUUAUAACACAGAAGGAAUGACAGCUAAAGGGCGAGCGGUGGGUCCGGCGGCAUCUCUGCAUGGCCGCUGGCCGCCGCCGCGUGUCGCUCCAACCCCUGCGCCCUGCGAUUACGAACCCAGCAAGGCGGCGCGGGCAGUGCUAGACCACGCUCCAGCCUUCUCUAUAGGACUACGAAUCUGCCCGCCACUGCCCGGCGGUAAAACGCCAGCGCCGAACGUAUAUUCUAUGCCACCUGUUCUGGGGGAAGCCAAGGAAGGUAGUAAACGGGCCGCGCCCGCUUUCAGCAUAACUGGCCGAGGAAAAACCGUGGAGUCGAAGGUAUCCAUGCCAGGACCUGGGACGUAUACUACUGAUAACGCUGCCACUGCUUUGACAAAGCGACCACCUGCUUACACCAUGGCUCCGAGGAGAGAAGUAAAGCCUCCCUCAGCUGCGGUACCUGGCCCUGGUGUCUAUUGCCCUGAAAAGACAGACAUUAUACAACGGUCAAGCUCGCCUAAACAUACAUUUUCAAGCAAAAUGAAAAUUGUAAAAAUAGAACAAGUUCCAGCACCAAACGCCUAUUGCCCGGAAAAGGCUGAUAAAAUCUUAAGGGAGAAAUCACCAGCAUAUUCAUUUAGAACUAAAUCCGAUAUAGUAAAAGUACAUAAUGGACCUGCUCCAAAUGUUUAUUCACCCGAAAAAGCCAUGCAUUCAUUAAAAAAUGGUCCAAAAUAUACAUUGGCUGGGAAGGGCAUAGCAGAAAAACAUGAAGUAACUCCUGCACCUAACUCUUAUAAUCCACAAAAGGCAGAUAAAAUUUUGCAUGGAAAUUCCCCUGCUUAUUCUAUACGAUCAAAAGAAGUCGUUGAAAAAUUUGAACAGACCCCCGCACCUAAUGUGUAUGCUCCGGAAAAAUCUAUACAUAUGCUGAAUGGCGGACCGAAAUUUUCAAUCUAUGGAAAAGGCGGAAAUGUUAAAGUUUCCCAAACACCAGCUCCUAAUAGCUACGAUCCUCAGAAAGCAGACAAAGUGUUACAUGAAGCUUCGCCAGCUUAUAGCUUUCGAAUUAAGGAGCAAACAACUCUAAGAAGCGAAUCUCCCGGCCCUAAUGUAUAUGCUCCGGAAAAAUCACUGCAUAUGUUGGAUAGCGCCCCGAAAUUUAGCAUUAGUGGAAAAGGGAUUUCAAAUAAAAUACCUAAUACGCCAGGUCCAAAUGCUUAUUCACCAGAUAAAGCUGAUAAAAUAUUACACGAAUCAUCUCCAGCUUAUACGUUCCGAGUUAAAGAGCAAGUUAAUAAAUUUAGUGAUACACCAGCACCUAAUGUAUACAAUUUGGAUAAAGCUGAUAAACUUCUACAUGAAUCAUCCCCUGCAUAUACAUUCAGACCCAAAAAUACUUUAGAAAAACCAAGUGAUACUCCCGCACCAAAUACAUAUGAUCCGCAUUUAUUAGACGGCACGCCAAAAUUUAGUAUGUAUGGUAAAGGUCUAGAUGCUAAACCAUCUGAUACGCCAGGCCCAUGUGCUUAUGAUCCGCAUUUACCUGACGGAACUCCAAAAUUCAGUAUGUAUGGUAAAGGUCAAGAGGCUAAACCAUCUGAUACGCCAGGCCCAUGUGCUUACAAUCCUCAUUUACCAGACGGUACGCCAAAAUUCAGUAUGUAUGGUAAAGGUCCAGAGGCUAAACCAUCUGAUACGCCAGGCCCAUGUGCUUAUGAUCCUCAUUUACCUGACGGAACUCCAAAAUUCAGUAUGUAUGGUAAAGGACAAGAGGCUAAACCAUCUGAUACGCCAGGCCCAUGUGCUUACAAUCCUCAUUUACCAGACGGUACGCCAAAAUUCAGUAUGUAUGGUAAAGGUCCAGAGGCUAAACCAUCUGAUACGCCAGGCCCAUGUGCUUACGAUCCUCAUUUACCUGACGGAACUCCAAAAUUCAGUAUGUAUGGUAAAGGUCCUGAGGCUAAACCAUCUGAUACGCCAGGCCCAUGUGCUUACAAUCCUCAUUUACCAGACGGUACGCCAAAAUUCAGUAUGUAUGGUAAAGGUCCAGAUGCUAAACCAUCCGAUACGCCAGGCCCAUGCGCUUACGAUCCUCAUUUACCUGACGGAACGCCAAAAUUCAGUAUGUAUGGUAAAGGACCAGAGGCUAAACUAUCUGAUACGCCGGGCCCAUGUGCUUACAAUCCUCAUUUACCAGACGGCACGCCAAAAUUCAGUAUGUAUGGUAAAGGUCCAGAGGCUAAACCAUUUGAUACACCGGGUCCAUGCGCUUAUGAUCCACACUUACCAAACUUUACUCCAAAAUUUACAAUCGCAGGUAAAGGCCAACCAGAAAAAAUAUCUAAUGUACCAGCGCCAAAUGCAUAUGACCCUCAUCUUUCCGAUAACACACCUAAAUUUUCUUUAACUGGUAGAGCCCAAGAUGACAAACCUUCAGAUAUUCCUGGUCCCAAUAGCUACAGUCCUCUUUUACCCAAUGGUUCUCCGAGAUAUACUAUGUCUGGAAAGGGACCUGUUGGAAAACCUUCAGAAACUCCAGGGCCAAAUGUUUAUGAUCCUCAUAUUCCUCAUAAUUCACCAAAGUAUACAAUAUCGGGUAAAGGCGCUGAUUCAAAACAUUCUGAUGUUCCGGCACCUAACACAUACGAUCCUAAUAAGUAUCAUUAUAUGUUGGAUGGUAUACCCAAGUAUAGUUUUGGUAUAAAAGGUCCUGAGAGUAAGCCACAAAAUAUUCCUGCUCCUAAUGCAUAUUCUCCUGAAAAGGCUGACAAGAUUUUGCAUGACAGUGCCCCUUCUUAUACAUUCCGACCUAAAAUUGAUAAUGGAAAAGUUAUAGAUACGCCUGCUCCUAAUUACUAUAAUCCCGAAAAGAGUGAUAAAGUACUACAUGAGACAUCACCAGCCUAUACAUUCCGACCGAAAAUUGGAGAAGGAAAAGUAAUAGAUACUCCGGGUCCUAAUACGUAUAAUCCUGAUAAGGCAGAUAAAGUUAUAUCAGAAAAAUCUCCUGCAUAUACUAUUACACCAAAAGGAAAACAGGAAAAAGUUAAUGAGAACCCGGCUCCUAAUGUUUAUAAUCCAGAGAAAGCAGACAAAAUUCUAUUAGAUAAUGCACCACGGUAUUCUUUUAGAAUUAAAAGUAAUCCACAUAAACCAGAUAAUAUUCCUGCACCCAAUAGUUACAAUCCUGACAAGGCCGAUAAAGUACUGAUGCAUAAUUCUCCGCAAUACACAUUUAGGAUCAAGACCGACACACUGAAGGUUGUCGAUACUCCUGCACCAAAUACAUACACAAUUCCUACACCUAUAAAAACACCACUAUAUACCAUAUCUGGAAGACAUAAGGAACCUAUCGAUGAGCGACUAAAAGUUCCAGCCCCCGGUACAUACAAUCCUGAGAAGGGCUAUAAAUUUGUGUUGACGUAUUCCCCGCAGUACACUUUUGGAGUCAAGAUUCACACGGAGAAAUAUGCUGAAACGCCUGCACCAAAUACAUACCGAAUUACAUCAGUGCUGGACACUCCGGUAUACACUAUAUCAGGUCGUCACAAAGAGCCGGUCGAUGACCGGGUACGAGUUCCUGCGCCAGGCACCUAUUCACCGGAAAAGGUGCAGAUAAGCAAAACACCGCAUAUAACUUUUGGCAUUAAACAUUCUCCUCUUUUGGGACAACUGAAACCUAUUGAACCCCUUCGUCCAAUUGAAAAGCUCACCUCUAAUGUGUCAAACACAACACAAACAAAAAUUAUCAACGAGAAAACAAACAACGAAAUUAUUAGACAAACAAAUAAUAAUAUCCAAACCGAUGUUAGUACACAUAUGAUUGUACAUGAAUCAAAUAAUAUUUAUAAUGAACAUCCCCAUGUAACUCACGUACGAGCAGAGAGUGAAUUAAGAAGUACUACUGUUACUCCAGAACCAGUCCAGGAAGUGCUGACUCAGGAAAUCGUUUGGGUGCCCGAGCAGAUACCUCGACGUGGUUCAUAUACUAUUGAUAAGAGUGAUGGAUUUAUCGAAAGAUAUCAGAGUAAUGAGGUAGUUCCUUUGGAAAAUGGGGUAAUUAGAACAGCUGCUAAAGGAGAACGUGGAGCAUCAACGAUAAAGGAAUCUAGUACUGAAAUUAUUAGAGGGGAAGGAUAUGAGCGAAACGUAAAAAAGAAUGUUGAAAAUACAUCUGCCCAUGAAAAGAGUCAAGCGGCGACUGAGGAAGUGCGUACGGGCACGAAAGUACAGCAUCUUCCAAAUGGUGGUAUUGCAAAAACCACUACCACAACUACUAUUCGUAAAGUAGGAACAGCUGCCAAGACUGCAAAUGCAACGACCACUGUGACUCGUACUGCAACUGCAGUUACUUCCCGUGACAUCGGCGUUAAAUAAUUUUGUCUGAACUGGAAUAUAUAACAUAUAAAAACAUAUUUUGACAGAAUGCUUGAUUUGUCUGAUCAAUAAAAGCCUAUUUUACCAAUGUGAACUUACUGCUUGCUUCUGAACAAUUUAACAACAAACAUCAUGUUUGAACGAUUAAGUUUAAUCCUUUGUCUGAGAGCUCGUUUACGACUCUUCAAUAUUUAAUUUAUUCUUAUUAUGCCCUCGAUUCGUCUCUCUAUUUAUAGACAGGCGCGAUCUCUAAAUGUUGAUACUGCAUGUUAUUUAUUUCAUUAUACUCACGUCCUAAUUUUAAGAAAUAAUUAGUAUAUAUAUAUGUUUACUACUAAUUAAUUAUAUCAUUGUAACCCACUAAUGUUAAUAAUUGUUAUUACCUACAUAAUUUUUGCAAUAAAUUUUUUUAUUAAUA